CAGGAAUAUUUUGUGCGAGGGAUGAAUGGACAUAUAAUGUUCAAUGAGAUUGAGGAACAAAAUGUGAUUCGAAGUUUGGCAGCAGCUGUUGAGCGGAGAAUGUCUAGAGGACUGAAGAUGGAGGUGCACACUUCUGACCGGCACGGUCUCCUAUCAGUCAUGAGCAGAAAAUUGAGAGAAAAUAACAUGUCAUUCAAAACAGCAGAGUUUGCAAAAGAUGGUUGUUUGGCCAUCGGAACAUUUUACAUCACUGACAACGAUGCAGACAAUAUUGAUCAACAAAAGGUGAAAAUGUUGGAAGAUGAACUCGAAAAAGACAUUUUAUUUGAAAAAAAGAAUGACCAUAAUAUUAACUCAACUAUUCGUGGGAGACGGAACAUUUUUUCCGCAUUUUGUUCUCUCGGGAGGAGCUUGUGGUUUCAUAUUAAACGCAUCAUCAGCACCUUUAAUUUCAUUAGAUAAACUAUUUUUUUUCUUUUUUUUUUAUUCUAAAUGUGUCCUAUUUUA